UUCACAUCCACUCUUCACCUAUCUAUUGGCGACCCAACGAACAUAAACAUCACGCUUCCAUCAUUUGCCGUCCCCUCUACAAAUCUACCUACUGUACACCUCAUCUUAGUGGCGCGCCUCCUUUUCCGGCUUUGUCUCCCUGAUCUUCCUGCCAGCCUUAGCAAAUGCUCAAUUAAGCAUCCAAUUUGUGAUUUCUUCUCGUAUUUCUAAUCUUCUUCCUCCCUCUUCGCCUUCUUUUGUUUUCUCUUCUCCAUCUUCUUAUAUCUCCCCCACAUCCAGACCCAUACAAUGUUGCUUCGCAAGCUCGGGCAUGCCCUGGCUGCGACAGCAGCCCUCUUUCCAGUCGCUUUUGCCAAGGAAAAAGAUGAAGGUGGUCAAUCCACCUUCGUUUCCCCAGACGGAGACGUAGCGUUUGCGAUUGACAUUGGCGAGAACGCCAACACCGAAGUCUACUUCAGUCUCCGCGUUAAGAAGAAUCGAUCCUGGGGUGCUGUUGGCCUUGGAAGCGAGGAUAUGCCCGGAGCCCUAUUCCUCAUGGUAUACAAGAGCCGGACCACCAACAAUGUUACAUUCUCCCCGCGACUCGCCUAUGGCCAUUACGAGCCUUAUUAUUGGGACGAGAUGGAUUACGAAGUUCUUAAUACUACAGGAAUUAUCGACGAUCACAUGGUGGCCACUAUUCGCUGCAAGAGUGGAUGUCGCAGUUGGCCAUCACACGGUGGACAGAAGGGAUACCUCGAUGUUUACGAUCACAAUAGCAAGGCCGUCUUCGCUUUUGGGCCAAAAGAGGACUACUACAGUGACGAUAAGGACGCACCUUUGAAAUAUCAUGCAGGAUAUGGCAGUUUCUCCCUCGACAUCAAACGAACUCACGGGAAGUCCGAGCUGCCAUCUCUUAGCGAUUCAACGAAAGAUGUUGGAUCCGAGCUUAUCUACGCGACGAAGGCCAAGCCAAACUGGGCAUCACCGCUUCACGGAGUUUUCAUGGUUUUAUCAAUCAUAUUCCUUAUGCCAAUUGGCGUUGUUCUGCUGAGGUCUGGAGGCUGGGUCAAGUGGCAUGCUCUGAACCAGUCCAUUGCGACUCUGGGUGUCUUUGCAGGUUUCGGUAUUGGUGUUGCGAACAGUUUCUAUUACCAAAGAUCUCGAAGUUUUGAUGAUCCUCACCAAAUUAUUGGAUUCGUCGUCACUGGCUUACUGCUUGGGCAGUUUGGACUAGGAGUAAUGCACCAUACUCAGUAUAGGAGAACACAGACCCCGACCAAGUACGGCAAGUUUCAUCUUUGGGUUGGCCGUAUCAUUCUACUACUAGGCACUUUGAACGCAUUUCUCGGCUUCACCUUUGCUCUGAACAGAAAAUUCGGCAUGCUCCUCGCUCUUCUCAUCAUCUUUAUCUGCAUAAGCAGCCUCAUCUUGAUCUAUGGUCGUCGAUACAUGGACAAGCGCCGUCUUGGACCUCGUGGCCCUGGUCUGGCAGGCCCUCAACAAUACAGCGCACCGCCAUGGCGGGAGCCUCCUCCCCAACACAUGGGUUAUCCAUCCGAUCCUCCUCCAGGCUAUCAACCGCCAUCGAACCAGGCCGGGCUUGGCCAAAUGUCACCUGCAUUGCGAUCACCAUCACCAUGGCAAUCAAAUGACAAAGAUGACGAGGCGGAUUUGAACCUGGGACGUGAGCAGCGACCGAGGGAGUUCUGAUCAAUACUUUGACUUUGGGUACUGGAGUUGGCGUUUAUGUUAGCUUUCAUGCAAUAAGACGAAUAACAUGAGUGAUCGAAACUUUGAUCAUAAGGAGUGAAACUAUGACUCGUUAUCUCCGUAUGCCAGCUUGGCCUGAGAGUGGGAAAUACCACACUGUUGGCUGCAAGGUCAAGUGGGAUGGGAUGGAAUUAACAACGGACUUACCACCCUAGUCGAGGAACACAAUCAAAUAAAUGAGUAACUCAAGCUUAUGCGGAACGUGGUAGAAUGGGGCCUCGAUAUGAGUGUUAUGAGAGGAAUCACCAUUAGUAGUUAUUACUUAAAGGUUUAGGGUAGCUUGGAAGUCACUAACUCAGUGUCUGCAGUAAUACUGCAUCAGG